AUGAGGAUCAGCGCCUGGUUUGACCUCUUCAAGUUCAACUGGUUCCGCAGAUGUCGCUCGUGUGGAGUCCGAGGCUCCAAGUGUUUAUGCCAUCGCCCGUCCCUCGCUCUCGAGCACAUUUUCUUCCUCGAGGAGCGCAAGAACAAGUUCGGGGCUCGCAACUUCAGCCACGUGAGCGACACGCUCAUGACCACGAAUAGCACCACCAUGCUUGCCAAUAGUACGAGCAGCAUGGGCGCGUCGUCGAGCAACGUCAGUGGCUCAACGGUCGUCAUGUGGGGCUCGACGUCGUUCAUGGACAGUGAGGUGAACCCCACGGACUAUGUCUACGACGCGGCUCCUUCAGCUUUCAGUGCCUCUGCUUGCAGUCAUGAUAGCGUGACUUCUCGUGUGCACCCGGUAAGAGAGAAUGCGCACAAUUGCAUGAACGCUCACCGCCAUCAGAUGCAGCGCAGCAUCGCCACCUCUGACGUCUAUACAACAACAACAACAACGACGACGACAUUAGUCCGCAAACAGUCGGGACGGAUGGUCUCCAAGCCAAAUCGACGACACCAUAAUGACGCGACUACGCAGCCGCCGAUCAAGGAGAUUGUGAUGGGGGAGUUUGUCCAUUGCACUGAGGAGAACGUAUUGGUUUCGCUACCACACCGUCGACAGCAGUUUGUGCCUCACCGCAAUCGAAGGGCUCAGAGCAAGAGCGCGACAAUGAACAGCACGCGGCCGCAAUACAAAGAAGAGCCAGGGGUCUCUUUUCAGUUCUACGGACGCGGUGGCACCGUCGCCCCUGCUGUCUCGGUGUCCUCUACACUCAUGGGGUCAAAUAGGAGCAUGAGCAGCACCAGCACGACUGACUCGUUCUGUAUCGGUCCGAGCUCGAUUUCGUCCGUGCGGGCGUCUCAGUGUUCGAGCCGCGUGAGUCUCGAGACCAAUUAUGGCUCGUUAAACCAGAAGCAGUCGCUCUUGAAUAACAAGAGCCGCUUUAUUGAUGGCGGCUAUGCUCCAAGUAUUCAGGAAAACGGCGAGGCACAGGCCUUGCAGCAGCUCACUGGCUGGUUCCUCGCUUCUUCGAUUCCGACGCAGGAGUCGUCAUUUACGAUGACGGGGUAA